UGUCCAUGUGGUGUAUUAAUCUUUGAGUGAAAAUAAAACGCAAAAAAAAAUUCAAUAUAAAAUGGGUGCAAAAUGCCCGAAAAAGAGUUUGUCAAUUUUAAACAAGUGGUUUUUAUUGAUUUUAAUUGGAUUUUAUCCCAUAAUUACGGAAACCGCACCAUCGGCCACUAGCUAUGUUGAUCGCGUUGCCGAGGCCAAAGCAAAACUUAUCAAAAUGAUUCAAAUAGAAAUUCGUGAACUUAGUGGCUUUAAUGAGUAUUCAACGGUUCCCAUGACAUAUCCAUUGGACAUUUGCCUGAUGGAAGUCGAUAAAAAGUUGUAUGCAGCUUGUUUGGGACUCGUUGAUUUUCGAAAUAAAAAACGAACUAUUAUGAGAGUGCUUAAAAAAGUCCCACCCAGUCCUCUGAAUAGACUCAACGAUUACGUCGAAAUUUUCAAAUAUGAAACACGUUCAGCACAAAGUAUGGACUGUGUAUCAACGUCAACCGAAGGCUAUAUAUCCGUGGUCAACGAUAUAAAAACAAAUAAUUUGGAUGAUAUAACAAAAGGAUCGCCAAUUUUCCAAUUGAAAAAUGAUAAAUUGAUACCGAUACAGUAUUUUAAUCGGCCGCGUCAAAAUCGAAUUCAAUUUUUACACCAUAAAAAUGAUCUGUUCAUGUGGCAAACAUUUCGAAACAGUGGAAAAUCCAACGAAGAGUCAAAUUGUCCGGUAUUCAAAUGGACCGAUCAAACAUUCAAUGAAAUUGGAAAUAUUCCAUGUACGAAUGCAAUGCAAUUGGAACCAUUUUUGAUUGAUGGUGAAGUGUAUGUGGCCGUUGCAAAUUACAUGGAUGAACGUCAGAAUGUUGAAACUCAUUCGGCCAUUUUUCAUUAUGAUAAAACAACGCGUAAAUUUAAUUUAACACAAAAUUUUAAAACAUAUGGAGCCAUUGAUGUUAAACAUGUUCGUAUCGGUGAUAGUCAUUUUUUGUUUGUGGCCAAUUCAUUUCAAGCACAUUUAAGCGCUCAUCCGGUUGUCACAUCGAAUGCUGUCGUCUAUCGAUAUAUGCACGAGAAAUUUGUACCCAUGCAAAUUUUACCAUUUGAUGGAAAAAUUAUACAAUUUUUACCGUAUUUGGGAAAUAACAAGGAAUUCGUGUUACUUAUUUCAAUGGAAGAAGGUCCCACGAAAGCAUAUCAGUAUGAUGGCACCAUAUUUUAUGACUCCCAAAUUACAUUCACCGGCGAUGCCUUUGCCAAAGGAAUUUCAAGGAUACGAACAUACAAAUUCACCAAAGACAAUCGUUUCGUCCUCAUUGUUGCCAAUACUGCAAUGUAUCGAGAUACAAUUAAUUUAUUCCAAUUUCGCUUCAACACACGAAUCGAUUACGAUUUUACGAAAGCAUAUGAUAUGUUCAACAAUUGGUCUAAGAGUGUCGAGGACAAAUUGAACACGGAUCAAAUUGUUGAAACGCACAAUGAAAUAGAAUCACUAAAACCGCCACCUGGCUUUGGCGUUAUUAAUCUAGAAACCACAAAAGUAGACACCAUCCACACAGAUACGAUUUCAAAAUCAUCGAGUCCGAUUAAUUUCACUGAAUUAAAACGUGCUAUAAACCGUGCUGAGGAAAUAAUUUCAAAAGAAUCGAUACGACGUCCGAAGCGUUUGAAUGAUUCAAUGUUUGAGAAUGAUAUGAAUGCGUCAUUAGAAAGUGAUGAGGAUGAAGAUACAUUUGAAUUGGAUGAAUUGGGAAUGCAAGCUUCACAUACCUUAACCGUGAAUGAACUAACCGUUUCAGAGAACUUUUUUACCGAAACCAUUAAUGGUCGUGAGUUUAAAGAUUUGGUUCGUGAAGACUCGAAUUUGAAUCUGGAUCAUUUUACCGUUGAUCGUUUGAUCAUCAGUGAUUCGGAGAAUUUUGAGGCGAUCGAAAAGAAAUUGCUGGAUAGUGAUAAACGAGUUAAGAGACAACAAGAUACGUUUGAUCCGAUAGUUGAACCGAUCAUUUUAAAGGAUGUAAUCGUUGAAGGUCUUGUUAAUGGCAUUAAUUUUUCAUAUAUUGUUGAAAAUGCUCUGCGAACCAAUGUCCAAAAUCAACGACUUGAGGGUGAAAUUAAUUUUGGUCGUUUGCAAGCAAAAUCGAUUCAAACGAACGACGGAAAAAUUUCCAAUAUUGAUCUAAAUACCAUUGCACGCAUCAAUGCCAAUCAAACAAUCAUCUUAUCACCGAUACGUUUCACACAAGAACUUGAUGUGAAUCAAUUGAAAAUUGAGAAUCGUUUAAAUCACAUUUUAAUCGUAAAUGGUCAAAUGGAUGCUUUAUUCAAAAAAUUCAGACGCCCACAAGAGAUAACCGGUUUAAAGGAGUUUGAAUCGGUUGUAUUACGUGAACCAAUUACAUUACAAGGAAAAAUCAAUGUGACAAGUUCAACAUUUAAUCAAAUGAGACCAAUCGUUACCAUCGAUGACGAUAUUGUUAUCGAAGACGAUGUGUCAUUUAUGGGAAAUGUUACAAUUGGAAAUCUAUUGAUUGCUCAAAAUAUGUACGGUGCAAGUAUACGAUUCAAUGCAGCACAGUUACUAGGCGAUGGUCUACGUUUCGAUGAAUCGGUCGAUUUGCCAAUGGAAUUUAUACAACCCUUUCAAAUCGAUGAUUUAAAAGCACCAUCUCGGAUUAAUAACAUUUCCAUUGAAAGUCUUAUACGACGGAAUGUAACUGAACAACAGAAGAUUUGGGCAUCAAAAAUAUUCACCACCGAUUUAUCGGUCGAAGAUGGCCAUUGCGAUGCGAAUGAAAUAAAUGGCGUCAAUUUACAAAUGUUGAAUAAUACAAUGAUGAAACGAUCGGGUAUAAAUCAAAUUGUUACCGGAAGCAUUAAAUUUGAUAAAAUUCAAGCCGGACGAGUUAAGUCAAAGAAUCUAAACAUCGGAAAAAUACCGUACGAUCGCCUUUUAACCAAAAAUACGGAUCAAGAAAUCAAUGGAAACGUUACAAUUCAUGGAAACAUAGUUUUGGACGAUGGUGAAGUGGAAAUUAAUCAUUUAACCACAGAAAAUAGCAUUUUUGAUGUUAAACUUCAGCAAUUAUUAGACGAUUGCUAUUUUCAAUUGUCAAAUGAAAGCAUCGUUGUUACCACCGAUAAAUUUUUCGAUAAUUUAACCAUUGGCGAAUUGGUUAUCGAAAAUGAUUUUUGGCAAGCGGAUCUAUCGACCGAAGAGAUUAUAACACGUUUCGAAGAACUAAAGAAGGGCAUUAUAGUCAAAGGACCACUUAAAUUCACAUCCACCAUCAAUAUCAGCAAUCUCACUGUUACGGGUAGCAUUAAUGAUAUACCAAGUGCAAAGUUCGGCAAACAAUGGCUACUUUCAAAGGGAAAACAAACCUUUUUAGAACCGCAAAAUUUCACCGAUGUCACAUUCAACGAUAAUCUACAAUUGUUCGGCAGUAUUAACGGCUAUGAUUUUGACAAACUUGUCCAAGACUCUGUGAACAAGAGUGAACCAGCUUCGCUCAAACAUGUUAUAUUCGAUAAUAUUAUUUUCAAGAAGAAUCUAACAAUUGGCGGAAAAUUGUCAGACAUUCAAAUUCCGGACGAUUUAAUUCUCAGUCAUUCGGAUACAUUGCAAAAUUUCAAUGAACCAUUUGUGUUUGCUGGAGAUGUUGAGAUUAUCGGAACACUUGCGAUAGCCGAUAAAUUGAAUGGUUUUAAUCAUGCACAAUUUUGUAAUUUAAUCGAAUCAAAGCCAGACAUUCAACACCGUUUGAUUAUAAAAGGUGAUGUCAUGUUUGCUGAUGAUCCAACGAUAGAAUAUCUCAAUUUGGAGUCAUUCGAACACAUGCUCCUUACCACUUGGUUUAAAAAUGAUCGUCACGUGAAUUUUUCAUCGACCGUUCAUUUUGACAAUGUCAUUUUCGAGAAACCAAUCACAACAACGGGUUUGAUAAAUGACAUAGAUUUGGUGGAUUUACAAAAGCGUUACAUGAGUUUAAAUACGCCACAAAAAGUGUCGACGCCUCUACGUUUCCACGGCCAUGUACAUUUUCGCAAUUCAAUAACUGUGGAUACACUUUCACUGGAAGGACUUAUAAAAAUACCUCAAAGCGAUAUCACAUUGAAUAUCACGGACUUCGAUCAGAAUGUUUUGAAAAAUACGAAGGAUACGCAAUUCAUUCGAGGCCAUUGGACGGUGAAUGAAAUCAGAUUUUUGGGAAAUUUGAGUUCGACCACAAUAAAUGGUUUGAAUUUUGCAUCCGACAUCGUUCGUUGGGAUCGACCCGAUUUAAAUGUAAUACAUGCACCGAAACGAUUCCGGUCUCUAACCGUUGAACAAUUGACAUGUCGUGAUCGGUGUACAUUGCAAGGAGUUGAUAUGGAGGAUUGGACGGAUCGUGCGGCUAUGACCGGUUUAAAUCAAACAAUUCAAGGCACCGUUUAUAUACGAAAUCCCGUUAUAUCAUCGAUUCAAGUAUUGGGACAAGUGAACAAUAUGGAAAUUAAUUCACAAAGUGUACUGCUUAAAGGUGUACCGCAAAGAAUGAAUGGCAUUGUUACGAUCGGAAAUCGUUCACACAUCGAUUCAAUUAGUUCGAUGACCAUUGAAAAUUUAAUGGUGAAUUUUAUCAAUGAUAAAAAUGUAUCGGAGUUCUUUGAAAAUCUGGUGAAAAAAGAUGGCCGUGGCAAUGAUGUGGGUGAGAUUUUCUCAAACAUUGAAUUUAUCAAUGGUGUCGAUUUUGAAAAUAUUAACACCGACUUUUUGAAUGGACUAAAUGUCAAUGAGGUCACAUCACAAGAUCAUAUUAUGUAUCGUGAUAAACUGAGAGCCGCCACCGAUAAAUUGGAUGCCAUUGUCAAUAAACUUAUUCGACGCGAAAAAUUUGCACAUUUUGAUCAAAUGAUCGUGCGUAGAAUACUGUCGCCAUCAACUCAACGAGUCCAAAGACUUCUUGGAUAUGAUUAUGAAUUUGUUGCAAAUAACCAUUCUCAUGUUGAAUUUUAUACGUGGAACUGGAAUACGAAAACACUGCACGAACUUAACAUACCGUUAGCCUUGCCAGAAAAUAUGGUUAUCAUUGAUGUGAAUGUAUUGCGUGCGAACCCAAUGUAUAUACUGCUGAUUCAAAUGGAAGAUCUAUACACGGGGAAAUGUGUGAAGUUUUUCUAUGAUUAUUCAAAUGGUUUGGAUCAAAUUCAAUACAUUUAUGCAAUUGCCGAAGACAUCCAAAUGACCAUCGAACCAUUUGAGUUGGAUCAACGCCAUUGUUUUAUUCAAUACAAAAAGUUCAAUGCAACACAAUACAUUGUGUAUUGCAUGGACGUUGUUACCGAUGGCGAAAGUAAACAAUUGAAAGUGCAUCAAAUUGAUGUAGCAAAUGCAAGUGAAAUUUAUAAAAUUACCAGCGGAUAUGCGAAUGCAGUAAUUUUAUGGUUUAUUAACGGUGAAAUCGAAAGUCGUCAGUAUGAUACGCAGCACGGACAAACGGAAUCAUGUUUCCGAAAAUUCAGUAAUGUUACAUCGGUGGCGGUUAAGGAAUUUAGCACACAAAAAUUGAUGGCCGUUUGUUGGCAUUCACAUGACUCGAAUAUGGUUAACGGAUUUGUAAGCAUUUAUCGCAUCGAAAACAAUCACCUAGAACACUAUGCAGAUGUUGAAUAUCCGGAUUCUGUAAUUUUACAAUGUGGGCUGACCAAAUUUUCGGACGUUCAAACAAUUCUAGUGGUAGCUGUUCGAACAUCAACCGGUGAAAUGUUACAAAUUUAUCAAGAUAAAGGUGUGAGCGGAUUUCAGGAGUUGAAGGAACACAUUAUUCACAUAAAAGUUCCGGUUCCACAUUAUUUCCGCAGUAAUAUAGUGCCCGAAAAACGUUUUUCAUUGAUUGAAUCGCAAAAUGGCAUUUUGAAAUAUAUUUCCAUUUACACCGAAUCUAGUGUAGGCUUUUUUGAAUGUGUCUAUAUGUAAUCAAUAGUUUUUUCGUUUUUGAACAAAUUUUUUGCAUUGUUUUUUAGCAAAUUUUUUUGUGGAACACUUUUUUUCCAUUUUUUA